UAUUUGCAGUACUUAUUGCAUAUGAGAAAAACAAAUCUCACGUAGAACCUUUCCUAAUGCGUUCUUUCAUUAUGAAGAGUACGCUUAAUACAAAUUUACACCAUACAGAAACAGAGUAUUAUCUGAAUUCUAAAUGGAGUUAUCGAUAUCUAUUCUAUCGUCUUGUAAAUGUUUGUUUAUUUCUUCUGGUAAUGAUCAUUAAAUCUUGUUGCUAGUUUUAAUCGAAUUCUUCAACACCUGUUCAGCUGAUUUUUAUUUUGUUGUUUGACCCAUUCAAUGCUUAUGAGAAACGUAAACGAUUACUAAGCUAUUUCUUUACAAUAAGUGCCUUUUAUACAUAGUGAUUUCACAAUGUUUAAUAAAAAAGUGCAUCCAAAAUUGGAAUCGAUAAGUGUGUUUUCCAUGAUGGAAAUUUGCGGCGACAAUGCUUCAGCAAUGGCCUUUUUAGAGGAGUCGGCCUUAGUGCCUUCAAAAAAAUCGAUUCCUCCAAAAUGUUGCGGGAUAAGCAUGAGAGUGGAAAAUGAUGUUCGUCGAAAGCUGGGUUGGAUGUGGAGGUGCGGAUCUUCAGUUACCAAGGGGAAAACUUCGAACUGCCGGAAAAUUUUGAAUCCAAGUGAUGGAUCUUUCUUUGACGGUAAAUUUUGUCACAUUUCAAUCGCAGAUGCUUUAGCCAUAUUAUUUUGCUUCGUAAUGGAUGUUAAGAUAAUAUUUGCAUUGAAACAUUUGAAUGCUUAUCGGCAACGCAAGGGUGACGCAACGUCUUUAAGUACCGGCACUAUAACGGACUACUACAGUCAUUGUCGUGAAAUAACAGAGAUCAUAUCCUCUCAUACAGAUUUAGAUUUGGGAAAUUUGGGCAAAAUAGUCUUAUUUGAUGAGACGUUUUUAGCAAAAAGAAAAUAUAAUCGUGGUCGCUUUAGCGAAGAAAUGACUAUUAACGUAGUUGGCCUAUUUUGCAAGGAGGAUAGAACAGGAAUAUUUUAUAAAGUUAACCAAACGAAUAUUAAAAGCUUAUGGCCGUAUAUUGCCGAACUGGUUGACCAAGGGAAGCCAAAGAACAAUGCCUUCUCCGACGAAGAGGAAAGUGAUUACAGCAUGGAAGAGAUCAUUCAAAAAGGAAAGUCAAUAAGAAACGUUUCUUCAAAAAAGAAAGCACCAAUACUUAGUCAUCAAAAUAUGGGAGCAACUUUUUACAGGCGUCAUUAUUUGGCAAAGUUUGAAACUGAUGGCGAAAGAAUAACGACAUUCCUCGAGCAUAUAAGGGAAGUUUACCCUGGAUAUCAAGAUGGUGUAUUAAGGACGGGUCUUUUCUUAAAGGUAAUAGAUCCAAUAACAGAAAAUUCAAGCCAUACUAUCAAAAAGAGAAAAGUCGAAGAAGAAAUGGAUAUUAUUAUAAGCCAAUGAGAUUUUAUUUGUUUUUUAUUUUAGCCAAAUUGUAGUUAGCCAAUUUUUAUGUAUUAAGUAUAUAUGUAAUUAUACAAUGUUUACAAAGAAUUUAUGCGAUUAUUUACAGAUUAUUUGAUAAGACACAAACUCAUGUAUAUAUUGUAUUAGCUUAGUAUUAUUUUCAAUAGAAAUAUUGAUUGCAAUUCCAAAUGAAAAUAAUAAACAAAUUGUGGCCUUUCGAACUCGGAACUGAUAAAGAUUAUUACUUCCAAUUAUCUUUUUUAUAUUUACGUUGUGUGGUCAGAAAGAAAUUUAGAAAACGUUUUAAAAGAAAAGGCAAUAAAUACGAGGGCAUGAUGACUCUUAUUAUUAACAGAUUUCAUGUAGAUAAAUAGUUUGCAAAGUUUAAAAGUUGGAACUUGUUUCAAAUAUGAGCUUUGUAUGGUCCAGAGAGUUUUGAUAAUUACUUUAAAUACCGUUUUUUGUAUUGUUAGAUAUUUAUUCAAAGUGUAAAGAUAUUCAGCCUUAUCCUGAGUUUCGCCCGAACACAAAUUCACCCGAAUUUUCAUCCGCCCCUAGUAAAUACAAAGUGAAAACAACCGGUUCGGAAAAAAUGAAACUCGUAAGGCUAAUUUAAGGGGUUAGAAUCAUAAGGG